CCGCUUCGCGCGUUUGUCCGAGCCGUUGGCGCCAACAAUACAACGGACCGAGUACUGCCAGUGUUAGGAGCGUUACGUCGGCUGUCUAGCAAACAUUUAGCCAAAGUUAUCUUUGCAGCUAAAUCACCUUCUCAUAGACAUGACGAGGCUCUCAGAGGGUGCGAUAGAGGCUCUAUCAAUUGGCAAUAGUGCUAACGACGCAGUGCUUCAGUUGGUGAACAUUCGCAAGAUUGACAGUGGAAGCGGUCCUACUCGCUUCCGGGUGAUGAUGAGUGAUGGACUGCAUACUCUGUCCUCCUUCAUGCUCUCAACGCAGCUGAACUUCAUGGCUGAGGAUAACUUACUGGUCCCCAACUGCGUCUGCAUUCUGAAGAAGCAUGUGACCAACAUACUGAAGGAUAAACGACGGGUGGUGAUCAUUUUAGAAAUUGAAGUCAUCAAGCCUGCUGAAGAAGUGGCCGGAAGAAUAGGUGACCCUACUCCUCUAGCCGAGGGUCUGAUCAAAGGCCCGCAGUCGGCACCGGUCCCUGAAAUCCGCCAACCACUGCUGCAGCAGCAAAAUAGAAAUGAAGCGCACAAAAGUUUCGGUAACUUCUUUGGGAAAAAGACCCCAUCUGCUAUGCCCAGUACUCCGGGGGGCAGCUCUAAAGUCGUGCCCAUCGCCAGCCUCAACCCCUACCAGUCCAAGUGGACCAUCCGCGCCCGUGUAACCAACAAGAGCAGCAUCCGAACAUGGAGCAACUCUCGUGGUGAUGGCAAGCUCUUCUCCAUGGAGAUUGUGGAUGAGAGCGGAGAGAUAAGAGUGACUGGUUUCAACCAAGAGGUGGACAAGUUCUUCAGCCUGGUUGAGGUUGGCAAGGUCUACUACGUCUCCAAGGGCUCGCUGAAGAUCGCCAACAAGCAGUACACGUCGGUGAAGAACGACUACGAGAUGACCCUCAACGGAGAGUCGUCCAUCAUCCCCUGUGAAGACGACUGUGAUGUUCCCGUGAUUCAGUGCGACUUCGUCUCUAUCGGUGACCUGGAGAACCGAGAGAAAGACUCCAUCGUCGAUGUGAUCGGAGUGUGUAGGAGUGUGGACGAAGUGACCCGCCUCACCACCAAGUCAAACAGGGAAGUGUCCAAGAGGACGCUCAACUUGAUGGACAUGUCUGGGAAGCUGGUGACCGUCACGCUGUGGGGAGAGGAAGCAGAGAAGUUCGACGGCUCUACACAGCCCAUUGUAGCCAUAAAGGGGGCGAAGGUUUCGGACUUCGGUGGCCGGUCCCUCUCUGCAUCCUUCAGCAGCAGCAUGAUGAUCAACCCAGACAUCCCCGAGGCGUAUAAGCUAAGAGGCUGGUAUGACAAGGAGGGCCACGCCAUGGACGGACAGUCUGUGACGGAGGCGAAAGGUGGUGGGGGAGGACUCACCAACUGGAAGACUCUGUCUGACGUGAAGACGGAGCACCUGGGACAUGGAGACAAGGCGGACUACUACACCUGCAUAGCUACCAUAGUGUACCUGAAAAAGGAGAACUGCCUCUACCAGGCCUGUCCCAGCCAAGACUGCAACAAAAAAGUGGUUGACCAGCACAAUGGCAUGUUCCGCUGUGAAAAGUGUGACAAAGAGUUCCCCAACUUCAAGUACCGCCUCAUCCUUUCUGCCAACGUUGCAGAUUACGCAGACAACCAGUGGGUGACUUGCUUCCAGGAGAGUGCGGAGGCCAUCCUCGGCCAGAAUGCAGCUUACCUGGGGCAGCUCAAGGACUCGAACGAAGUUGCCUUUGACGAGAUUUUCCAACAAGCCAACUUCAACACUUUUGUCUUCCGCAGCCGAGUGAAGCUAGAAACGUAUAACGAUGAAUCCAGGAUCAAGGCCACCGUGAUGGAUGUGAAGCCCGUUGACCAUAAGGACUACAGCAAGAGGCUGAUCAUCAACAUAAGGAAACUGGCUGCUCAGUAGGAACUUACCAUCUAUGCAGAGUAUUAUUAUUGCUUUUGCAAGUUUCCUUUUGUUCCUGUAUAGUCAACGUCAGCUCUAAAUGUGUGACAAAGUUUUGCUCACAAAGCAAUUAUAUUUAGUUUUUUUCUCUUUACUUCCCUGUGAAUGAAUUGUCCUUAAAGUACUUGUGACCGUUCACUCUUCCUUUGGCAAAUGAUUGGUGGCCCGACUUUUUUUUUUUUUUUUUUUUUGUUUUGUUGGUGAACAAUAACGGACAUGUUUUCUUUCUUUUUGUUAUUUGGGGAAGCAGAGCAGAGCGGAGAGUGGGUCAGUAAGUGACAAAAUAAAUCACAACUGUGUCUGUCUUAAGUCAGCCAGUUGUUCUCUGCCUGGCCGUGUGGGGCCGGUGGCUGCUUUAAGCAGGAGACCAGCACAGUAGCUCGCACUCUUUUCACUUUCUGACGCGCACUCAAAACAGCGAGGCUGGACCUGCACAUGCCUGAUAAGACCGCUUACUCUCCCACUCUUUUGUGCCUCGUCCCUCACACAACUUGCGAACAUAAGCACAUACACACAUGAACAGUGCAGACCUAGAGGGGGAUGUACUGUAGUCUAUUUAAGUAGAAACAAGUUGUUGUUUUUUUUUGUUUUUUUUUACAUUUCCAAUGCCUUUAACUGUCUGUU